CUUUGUCAAUUUAGUUAUUUCGUCGCGGCUGUGCUAAUUGUAAAUUACAGAAGUAAAAAUGUUGAUUUUCAAAAGCCAAUAAUAUUAAACGCUGUAUUGUCUUGUUUUCAAGACAAAUCGUCCAACGCGUUGAUCGCAGGCGUUUAAAUAGCACGACACUCAAGAUGGCUGAUAUUAAGUCAAUGCUCGCUAAAAUGAGCAAUGGUACCCAGAAUGGCACUGCGCAGGCUGCGCCUGCUAAAGGUCAAAAGGGUAGCAUUGAGAAGAUUUAUCAGAAGAAAUCUCAGCUGGAGCACAUUCUUCUCCGUCCUGAUACCUACAUUGGGUCUGUUGAACGGGCCACAGAAACAAUGUGGGUUUUUGACAAGACUAAGGAAUGCAUGGUUCAGCGGGAACUGACCUUUGUACCAGGUUUGUACAAGAUAUAUGACGAAAUAUUAGUUAACGCAGCUGAUAAUAAGCAAAGAGAUCCCAAAAUGGAUGUAAUAAGAGUGGAAAUUAAUCAAGAACAGAAUACAAUAUCUGUUUAUAACAACGGAUGUGGUAUUCCAGUCGUGAUGCAUAAAGAGGAGAAAAUGUAUGUACCAACCAUGAUCUUUGGACACCUCUUGACAUCUUCCAAUUAUAAUGAUGAGGAAGAGAAAGUGACUGGUGGUAGAAAUGGGUAUGGUGCAAAGCUAUGUAAUAUUUUCUCAACAAAAUUUACAGUGGAAACUGCUUCCAAGCAGUAUAAAAAACAUUUUAAGCAGACAUGGGGUGCAAACAUGACAAAAGCAUCUGAACCUAAAAUUAAGGAAUCUGGUAAAGAUGAUGAUUUUACAAAAGUGACUUUUAGCCCAGAUUUGGCUAAAUUUAAAAUGGAAAAGUUAGAAGAUGAUAUUGUUGCACUGAUGUCACGCAGAGCGUAUGAUGUGGCAGCAUCGUCACAGGGUGUGAAGGUUUAUCUCAAUGGAGAAAGAUUAAAAAUAAAUAAGUUUAAAGAUUAUAUUGAUUUAUAUAUUAAAGGCAAAGAGGAUGAAAACGGACAACCCUUGAAGGUUGUUUAUGAAAAGGUUAAUGACCGAUGGGAAGUAGCACUCACACUCUCAGAUAGGGGUUUCCAGCAAGUUUCUUUUGUAAACUCAAUUGCUACAACAAAAGGCGGGAAACAUGUCGACUCAGUAGCCGAUAGUGUUGUUAAGAAUGUUCUUGAAGUUUUAAAAAAGAAAAAUAAGGGUGGUGUGAAUAUUAAACCUUUCCAGGUCAAAAACCACAUGUGGAUAUUUAUCAACUGUCUCAUUGUAAACCCAACCUUUGAUUCUCAAACAAAAGAAAACAUGACUCUCCAAGCUAAAAGCUUUGGUUCGAAAUGUAACUUCUCAGAAAAGUUUAUUACUGCAGUUUCGAAGUCUGGCUUAGUUGAAUCGGUACUGACUUGGGCCAAAUUUAAGGCGCAAACAGAACUUGUUAAGGCAUCAGGUAAAAAACAGAGUAAAUUAAAAGGUAUACCGAAAUUAGAAGACGCUAAUGACGCAGGAACAAAGAAUGCACAUCUUUGCACACUAAUUCUCACUGAGGGAGACUCAGCCAAAACAUUAGCUGUAUCUGGACUCAGUGUUGUUGGUAGAGAUCACUAUGGCGUAUUCCCUUUAAAGGGUAAACCCCUUAACGUUAGAGAUGCGUCUCAUAAACAAGUUUUGGAAAAUGUAGAGAUCAAUAAUUUGAUUAAGAUUAUUGGUCUACAAUACAAAAAAAAAUAUAAUUCAGUUGAUGAUUUGAAGUCUUUAAGAUAUGGUAAGGUGAUGAUUAUGGCCGAUCAGGAUCAAGAUGGAUCACAUAUCAAAGGGCUCAUCAUUAAUUUUGUUCAUCAUAAUUGGCCAGAGCUAUUAAAACUGCCAUUUUUAGAAGAAUUUAUCACACCUAUAGUAAAAGCAACUAAAAAAGAUAAAGAAAUUUCAUUCUACUCCUUGCCCGAAUUUGAAGAAUGGAAGAAAGAAACUGACAACUAUCACACAUACAAUAUAAAAUACUACAAAGGUUUGGGUACCUCCACAUCUAAGGAGGCUAAAGAAUAUUUCCAGAAUAUGGACAGGCACAGGAUCAGAUUCAGGUAUGGUGGCCAGACAGAUGAUCAUCAUAUUGAACUGGCAUUUUCAAAGAAAGGUGCUGAUCAACGUAAGGAAUGGUUGACUAAUCACAUGGACGAAGUGAAGAGGAGGAAAGAAAUUGGUCUUCCAGAGAGAUAUUUAUAUACGAAAGAUACUAAAGCUGUCUCAUAUUCAGAUUUCGUUAAUUUGGAGCUGGUUCUCUUCUCAAACGGUGAUAACAUAAGGUCAAUACCUUCAAUGAUGGAUGGUUUAAAACCUGGACAGCGUAAGGUUAUCUUCACUUGCAUAAAACGAAAUGAUAAGAGAGAAGUCAAAGUUGCUCAAUUGGCUGGUUCAGUUGCUGAACAUUCUGCAUACCAUCACGGCGAGCAGUCCCUGGCGAUGACGAUAGUGAACCUCGCGCAGAACUACGUGGGCUCUAACAACAUCAACCUGCUUGAGCCGCGCGGUCAGUUCGGUACGCGGCUGUGCGGCGGGAAGGACUCGGCCAGUCCCAGAUACAUCUUCACGCUGAUGUCGCCGCUCACCAGACUCGUGUUUCAUCCUCACGACGACCCUUUGCUUGUGCAUGAAUUUGAAGACAAUCAAAAGAUUGAACCUAUUCACUACAUUCCAAUCUUGCCUAUGGUACUGGUGAACGGAGCUGAGGGCAUUGGCACGGGCUGGUCAACUAAAAUACCCAACUACAACCCAAGGGAUAUUGUAGCCAACAUUCGACGCAUGCUCGAUGGCGAAGAACCGGUACCGAUGCAUCCAUGGUACAAGAACUUCCGCGGAACAAUUGAAGGUUUCGGAGAUAAAUACGUUAUAUCGGGUGAGGCGGCCAUCUUACCCAAUGAGAAGAUCGAAAUCACGGAACUUCCCGUAGGAGUUUGGACUCAGAAUUACAAGGAGAAUGUUCUAGAACCAAUGCUUGGAACUGACAAAGUGAAACCACUAAUCUCUGAAUAUAGGGAAUACAAUACAGAUACGACAGUACGAUUCGUUGUAAGCUUAUUGCCGGGAAAACUGGCUGAAGUAGAGGCCGAAGGUAUCCAUAAAGUGUUCAAAUUGCAGACGACAAUAUCCAUGACUUGCAUGAAUGCUUUCGACCAUAACAACUGUCUUAAAAAGUAUGAAAAAGUAGAGGAAAUUCUCCGUGAAUUCUACGAAAUCAGAUUAAAAUACUAUACUAGACGGAAGGAGUUCUUAGAAGGGCAAUUACAGGCCGAAGCGGACAAAUUGACCAAUCAAGCAAGGUUCAUUGUCGAGAAGUGUGACAAAGGAUUAGUAGUCGAGAACAAGAAAAGGAAGGCUAUGGUGGAAGAACUCAUUAAGAGAGGCUACGCUCCCGAUCCAAUUGCUGAGUGGAAGAAGCGUGCAAGCAAAAUGCAAGGACUCACUGCUCUGGAAGAGGAGGAAACACCAGAGUCUGAAGAUGAAAUUGAGCCAGAGGACACAAAAGGAAAACCUGUUGACCCUGAGAAAGCAUUCCAGCAACUUAAAGAGGUGAAAAAGUUCAACUAUCUGCUGGGUAUGUCUAUGUGGAUGCUCACCAAGGAGAAGAAAGAUGAACUGCUCAAGCAACGGGACCAGAAACUUUCCGAGCUGAAUAUUCUCAAAGCGAAAACUCCGUCGUUGUUGUGGCGCGAAGAUCUGGACAUUUUCCUGAUCCGACUUGACGAUAUCGAAGAGAAGGAGAGACAGGAGGAAUCAACUACCAACAAGAAGAGUUCCAAGGCUUUCGCUGCAAACAAAAAGAACCGCAAGUCAUUACUAGAUAUAGCUCCGUCAGAUAACGGCCGUCGUGUCGAGCCAAAGAUAUCGGAGGACCUCAUCAAGAGGAUACAGGCAGCUGAGAAGGCGAAGAUUAAGAAAGAAGUUAAAAAAGAAUAUGAUCCCGAUGAUCCCACAGGCAUCAGUCCGGCAAGUACAGAGAAGAAACCGAAGUCGCGCGUUAAGAAGGAGAAACCAGAGAAGCCCGAUAAACCUGAGAAAGAGAAAUCAGAUGGGCUCAAACAAACCAAGCUCACAUUUAAGAAAGACACAAAGAAGAAGAAGAUGACAUUCAGCGGCAGCAGUUCGGGCGAGAUGUCCGGUUCUGAUGUUGAAAUGGUCGAACCUCCCGCGCCAAGAGAAAGGCAAAGUGCUAGAAGAGCUGCUACGAAGGUACAAAAAUACAAAGACGGUUCAGAUGACUCGAACUCGGAGUCGGAAGUCGAGUUACUGGACAAUAAGGUGGAGUCUGACACGGAAGCACCUUUAGCAUUGUCUGUCAGUGACGACGACGACGAUUUCAGUAUCAAGAAAAGCGACGCCAAGAAGAAACCCGCUGAUAUGGAUUCGGAUUGUCUCUUCGACUCGCUCAUAGAGGAAACGAAGAAGGAAUCACAAAAUGCCAACGAUUUCAAUACGACGGUAAUAUCGAGUGAUGAGGAAAAAGAUCCACCCGAAGAGUCCCCGCCAAAGAAGAAAGCGGCGCCCAAGAGAAAACUCAUGGCUGUUGACAAGGAAAAGGAGAAACCUAAGAAGAGGCCGGCCAAGGUGAUGCUCAGUCAGGACAGCGAUGAUGACAGCAUAUUCGAUAGUAAAAAGGACAAGAAGAAAUCGAAUCCAAAGAAAAAGGUUAAGAAAAUGAGCAGCGGCAGCGAAAGCGAUGACGUCAGCGCGCCCGUCGCGCCGCGGGCCGCCGCGCGCGCGCGCCCCGCCAAGAAGUACAACUACAGCGACGCGGACGACUCCGACUGAGCGCUAGCACUGAGAGGCCACUGUACAUUGCAGCAAACGGUUAAAUAUAUGAAGGAAACCCCGUGAGUGUGAAACACAGAGUUGACAUUUUUAUGAGAUUCAUAUUGAGUCUUUGACUGUUCGAUGAUUUUCGUAUUACUUAUAAAGAAU